UUAUUUUUAUUUCUUAUUACAUUGCUUAUGAUAGUUGAGGCAAACUACGUUAACAAGAAGAACACCAAGCCAGGACGAGUGAGGUUUUAUCCUAAAAACUCGGUAUUCCGUAAAUCAGAUCUCAUUGAUAGAGGAUGUGUUGUGUUCAUCAAAGACUGUCCAGCUGCUUACAAACGAAACUUCGUCUGUGGGAGACACUAUGACGGGUACUACAAGACUUUCAACAAUUACUGCGAACUGGAAUACGAGAAUUGCAAUAGUUGGAGGCAGUGGAGUAUGAUAAAACGCGAAAGGUGUUGAUUGCUUUUUCAAAUACGUAGGUGUUUGUCGUCAAACUCGUUUCAGAUUUUACCCGCGACUUUGACAUUUAGA